CGGAGAUGCGCCCCGAGGAGGGCGGCGCGGCCGGGCUGGGCGAGCUGCGCUCGUGGUGGGAAGUGCCGGCCAUCGCGCACUUCUGCUCGCUCUUCCGCACGGCGUUCCGCCUGCCGGACUUCGAGAUCGAGGAGCUAGAAGCAGCUCUUCACAGGGACGACGCAGAGUUUAUCAGUGACCUGAUCGCCUGCCUGCUUCAGGGCUGCUACCAACGAAGGGAUAUCACGCCUCAGACGUUCCACAGCUACCUGGAGGACAUCAUCAACUACCGCUGGGAGCUGGAGGAGGGGAAGCCCAACCCCCUGCGGGAGGCCAGUUUCCAGGACCUGCCCCUUCGCACCCGUGUGGAGAUCCUCCACCGCCUCUGCGACUACCGGCUGGACGCGGACGAUGUCUUUGACCUUCUCAAGGGCCUGGAUGCAGACAGUCUCCGCGUGGAGCCGCUGGGUGAAGACAGUUCCGGGGCCCUCUACUGGUAUUUCUACGGGACCCGGAUGUACAAGGAGGCCCCUGCGCAAGGGAAGCCCAGCGGCCGGCCUCUGGGCAGGGAAAGUGAAGGACAGAAAAAUGUCUCAAGUGUUCCUGGGAAAACAGGAAAAAGAAGAGGCAGACCCCCAAAACGGAAAAAAGUGCAGGAGGAAACCACAGCGAGUGAAAAGCAGGAAGAGAACUCCUUGACAUCUGAGCCGCACACAAGAAACGGGUCGCAGGGGCCAGGGCAGGGCUCCUGGUGGCUCCUGUGUCAGACGGAAGAGGAGUGGAGACAGGUCACUGAGAGCUUUCGAGAGAGGACCUCCCUUCGGGAGCGGCAGCUUUACAAGCUCCUCAGUGAGGACUUCCUGCCCGAGAUCUGCAACAUGAUUGCCCAGAAGGAGACCCCCGUGCUCACCAAAGCAGAGAAGCAGGAGCGCAGGCAGGAGGAGGAGGAGCGGCAGCUGCUCCUGGCCGUGCAGAAGAGGGAGCAGGAGCGGAUGCUGAGGGAGGAGCGGAAGCGAGAGCUGGAGGAGAGGGUCAAGGCGGUGGAAGACCGAGCCAAGAGGAGGAAGCUGAGGGAGGAGAGGGCCUGGCUGCUGGCCCAGGGGAAGGCGCUGCCGCCGGAGCUGUCCCACCUGGACCCCCCGUCCCCGCUGCGGGAGGAGAAGAAGGCUGAAGACCUCUUUGAGCUGGACGACGCGUUCACGGCCAUGUACAAAGUCCUAGACGUGGUGAAGGCACACAAGGAUUCCUGGCCCUUUUUGGAACCUGUGGAUGAGUCGUACGCCCCGAACUAUUACCAGAUUAUUAAGGUCCCCAUGGAUAUUUCAAGCAUGGAGAAGAAACUGAACGGAGGUUUAUACUGUACCAAGGAGGAAUUUGUAAAUGACAUGAAAACUAUGUUCAGGAACUGCCGAAAAUACAACGGGGACAGUAGUGAGUACACCAAGAUGUCGGAUAACCUGGAGCGGUGCUUCCACCGGGCGAUGGCGAAGCAUUUUCCUGGCGACGACGGGGACACAGACGAGGAGUUCUGGAUCAGGGAGGAUGAGAAGCGAGAGAAGAGGCGGGGCCGGGCGGGGCGGGGCGGCGGCCACGCCUGCACCCGCUCCCGGGACCCAGAGGGGCCCAGCAGGAGACAGCAGCCCGUGGAGAAUGGGGGCAAGUCGCUGCCCCCCGGCCGCCGAGCCCCUUCUGCGCAGCCCCCUCGGGAGGGGGGCGUGUCCCGGCCCCUGCACUGCAGUGGGGGGCCUGGCCAGGCCCCCGCUCUGAACCAGACGAGGCCGGCAGUGCAGGGGGCUUUUUGUCCUCUGCGAGGGUCGGAGCUUCCCGCCACGCGUGUCUCCUCUGGAGCCCCAGAGCUGCGCCCCGGAGGGCCUGGGCAGCAGCAUCCGCCUUUAGCAGUGCAGCCUCCAGCUGGAAUUAACCACCAACGAGGACCCGGGCGAGGCAUCCCAGAUGAGAAGCCCAUGUGUGGGGCGCUGGGGCACCUCGCCGACGUGGGACCACCUCCUGGACCCCUGCAGCUCAGGCAGAUGAGCGGCCCCAGUCAGGAUGGAAACGUGUAUCCCGCCGCUCAUUUCCAGCCAGGAUUUAUUCCUCCCAGGCACGGUGGGGCCCCGGCCCGGCCCCCAGACUUUCCUGAGAGCUCGGAAAUGCCUCCUAGCCACAUGUACCAGUCGUACAAGUACCUCAAUCGAGUGCACUCUGCUGUCUGGAACGGGAACCACAGUGCUACAAACCCAGGACCCCUGGGGCCAGAUGAGAAGCCCCCCAUGGGGCCAGGACCCUCUCACCCGCCUCGCACUCUUGGGCACAUGAUGGACACCCCCGUGAUGAGACCGCCCCUCCCCCCAAACCAGUGGCCUGACCACUCGGGCUUCCUACCUCAUGGAGUCCCUUCUCCGGGGUUCCUGCGACCACCCUGUAAAGCUGGCGGACAUCGGUUGCAGCCACCUCCAUCCCCAGCGCCAGGGUCUCUGUUUGGAGCCACCGCCCAGGCCAUGCGGGGGGUGCAGGGCGGGGACUCCAUGAUGGACAGCCCGGAGAUGCUUGCCAUGCAGCAGCUGUCCUCCCGUGUGUGCCCGCCAGGCGUGCCUUACCGCUCCCGCCAGCCUGGCCCCCCACCUCUGCCUGGCCCUUUCACACAGCUUGCUCACUCGGCCCCCAGGCCUGCCCUGGGGGGCCCUGGGAGGAUGCAGGACAGCAGUGGAACACAGGAGCCUGAGGACGGCCGAGCAGACCCCUUGCCUGGGCUGGAGGAGAAACCAGCGAGCGUCGGUGCUUUGGAGGGGGUGUUCCUCAAACAGCUACCUCACCCCACAGCCCCCCUGCAGACUGACUGUGCCCGGCGGAGCUCGCCCCGGGGAAGGGACUCGGAGGCCCCCGAGCUCAGAGGCGAGCUGGGAGAGCCUGGAGGCAGCUGUAAAGGGAGCACGGGCAGGAACGCCUGGCCGUCGGGGGGCAGCUUCGCCAGCCCCGCUGCCCCAGGCUGCACCCUGGCCGACCGGGGGUCGCUGCCCGAAAACGGAGUGAGGGUGGAAGCCUCGCCGUGCGGGUCAGAGGGCAAGGGCCUUCGUGGAGGUGGUUCAGAAGAGCCGCUCUGCCCCAGGGGCCGGGCACUGAAGGAGGCUGUGCCGCCCGGUACAGACCCCGCCUGCUCCCCGCUGUACGUGCCCGGCCUGGAGUACCCCAGCUCAGCCGCGCGAUACCACAUCAGCCCCGGCCUGCAGGCUUUGGGCACUGUGAUGGGGGGCAAGCCCCCCGCCCCGCCCCCUCAGCCUUUCCCCCCUCGCGCGUUCCAGUCUCACGACCCUCAUUCUGGAGUCUUUCCCCGGUACCGCCCCCACCAGGCACUGAGGUUCCCCUACCAGCCUGCGCCACAGCCCUCCUACCGCCACUACCCGCGGACCUACUACUCCUGCCCGCAGGGCCUCCACGACUGGCAGAGACCCCUCCCCGCCCCAGGAAGCCCGAGCGGGGCCCUCUUCUCGGAUAAGAGCGCUGCGGCCGGUCUGCAGGGCUGUGAGGCGCUGAGCUCUGCCUUAACCCCCCCGACCCGAGUGCACGCGGUGGCUGCCAAGACGGCCACGGCUGAGGGGCAGAACCCUGGCCCCGAGGAGGAGAAGCCGGAUGAGUCUGUGGAGAGGCCCGAGAGUCCCAAAGAGUUCUUAGACCUGGACAACCACAACGCGGCUGCCAAGCGACAGGGUUCACUGUCAGCCAGCGAGUAUCUUUACGGAACGCCCGCUCCAGCACUGAGCUCGGGCGUGGGGUUCGGUUCGUCCGCUUUCCCACCGCAGGGCGUGAUGCUCCAGACGGCACCUCCUUACCUUCCCCCGCGGCCGGCCGGCCAUUUCCAGCCUGGCGCCUACUCCUCCCCCGUGGCGGCUCCCCCGCCUCACCACCCGGCAGCUGCCCAGCCCAACGGCCUCUCCCCGGAGUGCCCUGUCUACCGCUGCCCGGAAGAGGGCCUGGGUCAUUUUCAGGCUGUGAUGAUGGAGCAGAUCAGCUCGGGAAGUGGAAUGAGGGCGCCUUUCCAGGAAAUUUACAGACCAUCUGGGAUGCAGGUGCACCCGGCGCAGCCACGGCCCUCCUUCCCAAAGACGCCGGCAGCCGCGGCGUCGCAGGAGGAGCUGCCCCCACACAAGCCGCCCGCACUCCCUCUUGAUCAGAGCUAGUCCAAGGAGGAAGUAACCCCCAAGAAAGGAAACUGCACACGACCAGCAUGGAGAUCCGGGUCGCGGCCCCCCACCUCCGCUCCUCUCCCAGCGCCUGGACGUGCCCUCCUCACUGAUGCACCAGCUCUUGAGGACCUGGGCCCAUCGUGGAGAACAGAUGAGCUGGACCCAGGGUGGCGUUUCCAGGCCCUGAGACUCUGGUUCAGGGAAAACCAUUAAACUUGGGGGCGGUGCUUGGGGGCUGCCUGGGCAGCCACUCUCAGGUAUACACUGGGGAAGGGACGCUCGUAGUGGUGACGUGUGUGGAGCUGGGUCCAGUUUACAGAGUUUUCAUGUUGCCUUUAAGAUGAUUUCUGUUGGUGGUGAAUGUAUUGUACAUAAAGCAGGUGGGGCGGGGUGGGGGGGACAUGCAGUCUGACCCGCGAGCACACAGCCCUGCAGGACCCUCCUGUUUACAGUCCUGUCACUCUCACUCUGGGGAGCUGGAGCGGAGGCAGGGAAGGCCGCUGUGUCAGCUGAGUGGGUGGCUGCAGGGCCCACACCUCCCAGGAGCUCAGCCCAGAGACGGCGGCCCUCUCGCCUGCCCAGGGCCUGGUCUGAGAGCAGAGCUCCUCCUGGCUGGCCGGCUGCCCUGCAGGUAGUUGCAAACCAGCAUCAGGGACUGGGAUCACUGGAGUGCUUGCUUGUUGGAAGGUGCAAUGAUGCGUCCCCGUCACAGCCCUGCCCGGCCUGUGGUCUGGAAGGCGUCACCGCUUUCUGGCACGAAUCACAUUUUGUGGAAGUGACUACUCAGGUUUGUAUAUGUUUAGUAUCAAUAAAGAAACUGCACAGUU